CAUAACUUCACUCUAGAAUAUCUGAGAAGCUUCUGGAAUCAUUCACAACUUCAAUAUUUAAACUUCUGAAUCCCAUUAAUUAUCUCAUACUUUCCAAUUUCUUAAAGUAGUUUCGUUACAGAAUCACAAAACCCUAGGGAAAAAAAUUUGUUUUUCUCUUAAUCAUCAUUGAUAUGGCUAAAGAAGGACCCAAUUGGGAUGGAUUGCUCAAAUGGAGUAUUGCUAACUCCGAUGGAACUCGUCAACCUCGCAAUUUAAGUGAGGAGGAUCGGAAAUGGUUUAUGGAAGCAAUGCAAGCACAGACUGUUGAUAUUGUAAAACGUAUGAAAGAGAUUACACUUGUAAUGAAGACUCCUGAUCAAGAACUGGAAAACCAAGGGGUUACCCCUGCAGAUAUCGAAGAUAUGUUGGAUGAGUUGCAAGAGCACGUUGAAUCAAUUGACUUUGCUAAUGAUCUCCACACAAUUGGUGGGUUGGUUCCUCUUCUUGCCUACCUCAAGAACUCUCAUGCUAACAUUCGAGCUAAGGCAGCUGAUGUUGUGACCACAAUAGUCCAAAAUAAUCCUCGAAGUCAGCAACUUGUUAUGGAAGCAAAUGGCUUUGAACCACUUGUUUCUAAUUUCAGUUCUGAUCCUGAUGUGAAUGUUCGAGCCAAAGCGCUGGGUGCAAUAUCAUCACUAAUUCGUCACAACAAACCUGGCGUCGCUGCAUUUCGCCUAGCAAAUGGUUAUGCAGCCUUAAAAGAUGCGUUGACCUCUGACAAUGUUAGAUUUCAAAGGAAGGCUCUCAACUUGAUCCAUUACUUAUUGCUUGAGAAUAGUUCAGACUGCAACAUUGUGAAGGAGCUAGGGCUCCAUCGUUUAUUGAUGCACCAUGCUUCUAGUGAAGACGCAGAUGUCCGUGAAGCUGCACUCCGUGGCCUCUUUGAGCUUGCUCGCGAUACAAAAGAUAGCUCUGAUGCCUCUUCAGAAGAUAAUGAGAAAAUGAAGCAACUUCUUGAAGAACGAAUAAACGCCAUAAGUUCAAUGUCAGCUGAGGAUCUUGGAGCGAUUAGGGAGGAAAGGCUGCUUGUAGACUCCCUUUGGAGCACAUGCUUUGAUGAGCCGUCUUCACUUCGAGAGAAAGGUCUUCUUGUGCUUCCUGGAGAAGAUGCACCUCCUUCUGAUGUUGCUAGCAAACACUUUGAACCUCCUCUUAGAGGCCAUGUUGGGAAUCCUAAUUCCAACAAAGAUUCAAACAAUGAAAAGAAAGAGGCACCUUUACUUUUAGGGCCUUAAGUUGCAGAGACUAACAAUGAUGUUAAAUUCAAGUAGAGAAGGAAAAUGCUACAGAUUUUACCAGAUGAAGCAUAAGUGUUUUGUAUUAUGUUACUCUACUCUUGUGUUUUUACUAGAUUGAUUCUGUUUUAUAAGGAAAUGCAAUUAUCAUUUAUUUCUUUCAA